AUGGACACUAAACCUCUCAAACCCGUUCCACCGCCGAAAUGGGUCGUGGACUUGAAUUCCCCCAUGCCACUUCCUUCCAAAUCCAAAACCAGUAUUCCCGACCCUCCAGGCUUUGCCAGUCGCAAAGAAGGCAGAAACCGAACUCAGCAGCAGGCAGCACCGACGUCUUCCGCACCCAAACCCGUUGAAACCGACACACUUAAGCUGAAAAAGGCAUGGGAGAUCGCUCUUGCGCCCUCAAAACAGAUCCCGAUGAACGCAAUCAUGAUGUAUAUGUCCGGAAACAGUCUCCAGAUCUUCAGUAUCAUGAUGGUGUUUAUGCUCUUCAAGACACCCAUCCAAGGAAUUAUAAACACCAACAUGGCAUUUGCCAAGUUUGACACGGAAGGAACAAGAGGAAAGCUUCUUGCAGUCAAGGCGGUGUAUGUCUUGAUGCAACUGGUAUUGUUGGGACUGGGGGUGUGGAAGGUGAAUGCGAUGGGUCUUCUACCAACGACGAGGUCGGACUGGCUAGCUUGGGAGUCGGAGCGACAACCGCUGGAACGAACUUAUUUUGCGUUUGAAUCAUGA